CUUGCUAAAUCGUCGCUGUAACCUCGUAGACUCCAGCUCAGACUCUGAUUCCUCCUCGCACAAGAAGUACGGGAAAGUGAAGAAGGACAAGAAGGAUAAAAAGGUCAAGAAAAGCAAGAAAGACAAGAUGGAACAUAACGGUGCCCCAGGAUUCCCUCCGACAAUGCCCCAGAUGCCUCAACCCCAUUUUGAUCAGCUGCGCGCCAUGUCGGGUGGCUACCAGGCGUCCAUCCAGCAGCCCCCCAGCUCCGGCUUCCGUAUCCCAUUGCAUUCGUCCUCUGCAUUUCCACAACAGGAUCAUGCCGGACCGCCCCCAUGCCAUGAUCUCGAUGGAUCCCCCGUCUACAUCGGUUCAGCCAUCUUCGAUAAAUCCGUUCAUCCAUGCAAGAUCGGACCUCAUCUUCAUGUCCCUUGCUCAGUCGCCUAUGGCGGCAGCGAGGUGGGCCACAAGGGGCGCUAUGAUCUCCUCCCAUUCACUCCCGAUACCAUGGAAUUUGUACGCACAUCUCAAGGACACGUCCCUGCUGGCAGGAGGCCGAUUGAGGGUGGCUAUGAGGAGGAUGGGAGUCCAUUGUACCAUGCCGUGGCCAUAGUGAAUGGAAUCAGAGUACCAGGAAAGACGGGCGCUCACUUAGGCGGAUGCAACGUAUCCUUCGGUGGGGGUGAGCAUACUGUUAGAGACAACUAUGAAAUAUUGUGCGUACAUGUGCCUUCCUUUGAAGAUGAUUUAACAAUAUGUCGCCAGGUGCUGGAAGUACUAGGCGGAAGUGUAUACAAUGAACGCAUCCCGAUUUUGAAAGUAAUUGUAUAUAGAACAUAACGGGACAUGUAACGAAGGAUUUAUUUCAACGAAAUGCAUAGCUUCUCAGUAGACACGUCCAGGACCAGGGUAACAAAUAGAAAGCCACUUCCCGGGCCUUGUCACACUCAUACUUGAAAUUAUUGAGGCAAGCUGGCUAUGCAUAUACAUUGACCAGCCGCUUUCCACAGGAACUCAUAGAGUGAAUCAUUGACAAUCUCGAUGAUGAUCCCGUUACUUUACUUGAUUGCUCCCUCGUUUGCAAGUCUUGGGUACUUGAUAUCAAUAUCAAAUUAGCAAAUACUGUCCGGGUAGAGUUACCGCGAUGAGGAUAAUAUCCGAGACCUUGCCUACAUUUUGACCAGACGAUGCAUGCAUCUUCACAAUUGUUUUACAAAUGGCACUUAUGUCCCAC